CAUGAAGAAAGUGAAUAUCGAAGUCAUGAAGAAGUGGAUUGCCGGCAAGAUUUCCGAAAUCUUGGGCAACGAAGAUGAUGUUGUUAUCGAGCUCUGUUUCAACUUGUUGGAAGGUUCCCGGUUUCCCGAUGUGAAAUCCCUUCAGAUUCAGCUUACGGGCUUCUUGGACAAGGAUACCGCCAAGUUUUGCAAGGAGCUUUGGUCGCUAUGUCUGAGCGCUCAGGAAAAUCCCCAGGGUGUUCCCAAGGAGCUAUUGGAGGCCAAGAAGCUGGAACUUAUACAAGAGAAGAUUGAAGCCGAGAAGGCCGCCGAAGAAGCCCGCAAACAGAAGGAGCAAGAACGUACGAGGGAGAGAGAACUGGAGGACAUCAGACGCAGAGAGCGCUCUGAGCGUGGGCGAGGAGGAGGGGGGCCAGGGGGCGCAAGACGAGGUGGUGGCCGUGGCGGUCGGGACUUCGACAGACGGCCGCGGUCUCCUCCCCGGCGUCAUAGCAGGGAGCGUUUCCGCGAGCCACCUGGACGGCGGGAGUUUGACUCGUACGUUCCCUCCGGAUCUCGCAGAAGCCGUCGGCCUUCCUACUCCCCCAGCCGCUCACGUUCUCGAUCCAUCUCGUCGUCGCGGUCACCACCACCGCCGCGCCGCCAGCAGCGGUACUCGAGUAGGGACCGGAACAGGCGACGUCGGUCCAUCAGCAAAUCCGUCUCGCCGGACCGCGGAGACCGCAGCCGACGGCCCCGGAGACGCAGCCCUGAUUACGGUGAUCGCGCUAGAUCCCAUUCCCGCAGUCAUUCAUCCUCCCGCUCACGUACUCCCAGAAGAGACCGCGACCGCAGAAGACGGAGAUCCGUCUCUUCCCGCCGCGUAUCGCGCUCGCGCUCACGCUCGCGCUCGCGCUCGCGCGGCGUGAGAGACAAAGGCAGACGACGGGACUCGUCGGGGUCCCGCUCGCGUUCCAGGUCGCCCGGGUCGGAUGCCAGUGGCGCCCGACGACGGAGAUCUUCGCCUUAUUCUUCACGAGUUGAUAAGAGAGAACUUACCGCUGAUAUUGCCAAGGCCCGCAAACCCCGUGAUGACCGCCGCUUGAGCCGCAGUAGAAGUCGCGAUGACCACCGCAGACGCCGACACUCCUCGCGGGGGUACAACCGUGAUCGCAGCCGCAGCCGCAGCCGAGGCCGGUCCCGCAGCGCCAGUCAGGACUCGCGCAGUCGCAGCCGGAGCCAUAGUCGAGGAGGCCACGCAAGGGAUCGCAAGAGACGUCGUUCCAUCGAGAGAUAUGCCCCCGCAGGCCGGAAACGGCGCAAUACGUCUUCCGUGUCCGCUCCUGGUGACAAACGACAGAGGAUGGCUGAUAAUAAUGAAGCGACAAGCCGACCUGAACCGCCAGCCGAGAGACCGAGCGGCAGCAGCGAUCAGGAGAUGAAGGAAGCCGACGAGCCUGCUCCCUCCAGAUCUACCCACGCCCGCAUAUCCAACUCGGAAUUACGCGAGAGGAUCCUUCGCGAACAGCUAGUCGCCAAGCGCCGUACCGCCUCGAGCGACAAGGUAGGUAGUCUCAGCCAUUCGAAACCAUCCGAAUAAAGAGAGGUCACAGAGAAACAUCCCGCGGAGGCAGGGCAUGGCAUAGCAUAGCAGCACGGCAGCCCGCACAUGAGAAUGAAUGGACAUUACGAAAUUUCGGUAGACUUAAUGCGAGAGAGAAUGUC